AUGGCCGGACAAUCUUCAUACUCAUCUUCCCUACCAUCAUUGCCUUCCCAAGCCCUCGUCACUGCACGGGAGGUGGCAUUCCUCGCUGCUGGCCGCCGCCUCGCCGGCCAACCCAAGCCUUCCUCAAAAAUCGCCGGAAAACCCCGACGAAAGUCCUCUAUAGCCAAACCACUCACCAUUCGAGAGGGGCUGAGCACGGAGAGUGCCUCUGCCACUAGACCUGAGGUGGCGUUCCCAGUACCUUCGUCAGAAAGUGAACUGAAGAGUAGAGACAACAAAGAGGUAUUUGGGAGCAUUUUGAGUAAUAUGAAAAGGGAGGGGUGGCUACCGGAAGCUGGAAUUGUAAACCAGCCCCUGCCUUCAGAGGAGGAAAUGGCGAAAGCUUCACGAAGAAUGGCCCUGGCUACUACGGAUCCUAAGGAGACUGUUCCAAUAGACUCCAAUGAGGGACCCAUCAAGAUUGUUUUGGAGGUUAUAGGAGCGAAGAAGCAGUCGGAGUCGGCCGAAGGGAAGAAAAAGAGAAAAAGUAAAGAAAAAUGUCUGGAAGGAGAUGAAGCUUCCCGGUUGAAAAAGGAAAAGAAAGAAAAGAAAGAGAGUGAAAAGAAACAACGCAGGCGAGAAGAGAAGCGCCUGAAGAAGGAGAAGAAAAGGAAGAGGGUGGAAAGCCCAAAUUUUGACGGAGAAUCAACCACCACAAGGGUGGAAGAGGGGGUGUCAACGCAAGCCAAAGCAUCAGCGCAACCUCAAGUUUCAUCACCGCAUAUUAGAAUGGUUGCUACUGAAGAUAGAGAAGAUCCUGACAUCACCCCUCUUAUGCAGCGUCGCAAGGAGAAUGCGCCGCAAGGGUCUACAAGUGACCCAUUAUUUUUCCAACGCAUAGUAGAAGAAGCGGAGAGAAGAAAAAGAGAAGCAGAGGAGAAGAAAGAAAAGUUGUCACAUGCGCACCAAAUCAUCGCAUCAGGCGAUCUGGCCAGGAAACUUCACGAUGAAGAUGUGUGUUGUGACAACGCAAAGGCAGCAGAAGAAUAA